AUGUUCAAGCGGCCAUUUAGCUCCAAGACGUCUACGCCCAUUCGCUCGAGUGAUCUGCGCCGGCUACGCGAGGAGCUUGUCCAAUCGACUUCCUUUCCGAAGUCAUUCUUUUUCCCGUCGCUCGAUCCUGCUGGUUGGACAUCGGCCUUGACCAAAGUCGCCUUGCCCGACAAGACGCUCAUCUGCAAGGCCGCAACCCAUCUCGAUGAGCCAGUGACACUGUACCUCUCCCCCGCGACCGGCAACGACCCCUUGUUUUUUCGACCGGGCAAGGGCGACGACCAUGACCUCGUCCCGACGUGCUAUGCAAUAGACCUCCUUCAGCAACCCCAUAACCAUCCACUACAAAGUCAAAAUGCGAUCAAGCCGCCCGGACGCGACGUGUUGCCUACUCUGGUCACCGCCGAUGCCGUACUAGACCAUCUCAUCACCGGCGCAGGUAAGUCACCCAGACUUCGGGGCGGGGCUACUUCUCGGGGGCAUCCCCCACCCCCACCGAGAUCCCAUCCACUGACCGAAAUCACCUCUCGAAACCCCACGCUCCAUCAGCCCUUUUCCUCGCCGGCAUAUCCCGUUCUUCUCUCCUAUCCCUUCCUGACGACAUACAGCCCGGCUCCCUGGUCACGAUUCGAUGCUCAUCAUCGCCCGUUAUCGUCGCCAUCGGGUACUUGACCGCAACCAGGCCGGAGCUCUUGGCCGACUUUGACCAGAAUAAGGGCGGUAAGGCCGUCACGACUUUGCACGCGCGAGGCGAUUUUUUAUGGAAUAGUGGUAGCAAGGAAUCAGUAGUGGGUGCUACUUCCACAUCCUGGCCCCAUGGCAGCGCUGGGACGGCAAAGGACAAGGGACAGGAGGUGCCCCUUAGGCAGAUGCAAGAUUUAUCGGUGCAGCCGAAGGCAGAGGAACGUGCUGAAUUGGCUCCUGCAGGUAAGUGGCAAAGACGCUUCAGAUAGGUAUACUUGAAGCUGUGCAGAGCUCACCAGGAUGUGUCAAUGAACCCUGUCGUUCGGACCCAUGCGAACAGACGUCGAUGUGGUGCUUCUCCAAGCCUUGCUCCUCUCGAUCCGUCAGACAUUGUCCAAACCCACCGCACCGUUCCCUUUGCCUGCAUCAUCGCUCUAUUCGUCCCAUAUCCUACCCCAUAGACCUGCUUCACCCCCGCACUCCACAGUCGAGAUCAAAAAGAGCUCCUACAAAAAGCUCAGCGCGUUCGUCAAAUUUGCCGUCAAGGCGGGCUACGUCGUAUCGAAAGAGGUCAAGGGCGAGCUGAUGAUCAUGAGCGUGCAUGUGGAGCAUCCUGAGUGAGUAUUACACGAUCAAAAGUAAGAGUUCCCCUGUUAUCGCUUGAUCUGAUUCGCAGCGACGUUGUCUCGCCGUAGUGUCCAGGCGGUUCGGAUCUACAAAACGCUCGCGCAAGCUCAAGCUCGGGCUGUGCAGGCCUCGUCGAAAGGAUCAGAAGCCGACCUCGGUCCCAGUGGAUCCUCUUUGUCUGCAAUUUCUUCGUCAUCAUCCUCUGUGGUCAUCACGGAACUUUUCAAGCCGACCUCGGACGUAUUGGCCAUCUUUCAAGACGUCGAUCACCCAAGGUCAGGCUUUUUACGUUUAGGAUGGUCGAUAUGUGAUUGCAUCCCGCUGACCACGUUGUAGCAAACAGGCCGGAACGUGACCUCUAUCUCCCCGUCGAACUCAAAAAAAUCCUUACGACCUACAUCACCUCGCAUUCGCUCACCCAUCCUCGCGACCCAGCUUUCCUCACGCCCGACGAUACCUUGUCGCACUGCCUGCUCAAAAAGUCCGAGUCGCUCGAUCUCCUCAAACGUUCAGACGCGAUCACGCGCUUCCAAUCGUCCUGCCAACCGUACUACUCCGUCGCUCGAGCGAACCACCCCGUCGAGUCGUUCAAGGGGACGCCUCCGGCGAUGAAGAUCUCGGUCAAGAACGUCGGCAAACGUCAAGUGACGAUUCUGACGAACCACGAAACCUACACCUCGACGCCUCUCAACUUUUACCCUCUACAAACGCUAUUGGACGAGCUCAAGAUCCGUACCGCUUCUUCGGUCAGCUUGCAACCCAUCUUGGGAGCGACCAAGAAGGGGCAGGCACAAAAAAUGGAAGUCGUGUGCCAGGGCACGCACGACAAGGUCGUUGUGGAUAUGCUCACAUCCAAAGGCGUGCCGAGGAGGCUGAUAGUUGUUGAUUUAGCCAAGGCCAAAAAGUGA